AUGGGUGGUCCGAUUGUGUUGACCCAGCUGGCUACGGGUCUCGGCGUCUUGGCCGGGGCGGUCCUCGUCAAAUCGGUCAUGGACCAGAAGCCCAUGGCCGGCCCGUUUCCCAGGUGCCCCAGUUGCAAUGGCACGGGUCGGGUCUCCUGCUUCUGCUCGCGCUGGUCCGAUGGCGAUGUCGGGUGCCGGAGCUGUGCCGGGUCGGGUCGCACGUUCUGCAGAAGCUGUGGUGGUUCUGGUACUGGUCGACCCCUUCCGGUUCAAAUCUCCGUACGGCCUCCCACCCCUCCCUCGUAG